AUGGACGAGGUUAUUCUUGAUAAGCCAACAGAUUUCUCCUACCAUGCAAGCUCAUUUGCAACUCUUCUUCUUAUACCGAAGGAACAGUUUCACGCUUUGUUUAGGUCUUCGGCUGUUUUUGCCAGUAGUGUUUCUGGGCAAAUCGUGCGAACCCUCUCCGCAUUCUCCGUGUUUGGAGACUUUUGCCGGUCUCUAUUUGGGCUGUCAUCGGCGUCUGUCAACGGCCGACGCAACUUCGGCGAAGCGGGAUACAAAUUACCCAUGUCAACAGUUGUUAACAUUUAUGAAUCGAGUGGAACCGUGUUCCACAAACUGAUGCGCUCUCCCACUAUCGACACGGACGCUCUGCAGUACUGCGUGAUGCGGUUGCCCGAAAACAUCACGGAGACGUUUGUCUUGAUUCUCUCGCGCGCUGUGCCUACUUUCUUCGCCGGUGGCCCUGCACCGCNGUUCGGCGAAUAUGGACCACGUGGAGGAUUGGAGAAAGAGGAAAGACGGUUGUCAUUGCGCGGGACGGCUUCACCGACGUUAUCGAUUUCGUGA